CUAACCUAAACGUCAAAUCUUUCAAAUUGUAAUUAUUUAAGCCGGAAAGUGAUUACAUGUACUGAAAUUUGCGUGUUUUAAAUUUAAAUGAAACGAGAACAAUCGCGCCCAAGCACCGUCUAAUCUGCUCAAUUUUGACGUGAAAAUGUUAGGUUAGAGAUCAAAGUUUCAAAACCUUUGUAAGAGUCCUGGAAGGGUAUUUUGGCUACCAAAAUGUCAUCUUCAUGGAAAAACGUCCACAACUGCAAACAGUGUCCCUAUUUUACAACAUCGGUUUUCUUACUGGCGAACCACACGCGACGACACCGUUCCUCUCUGGAAAAAUAUACGUGCGAAAACACCAAAAUUGAAGACUAUUAUUGUAAAGACUGCGAUUUUAAAACCGAACUAACGAUUCUGUUCAAACAACACAUUAAUAAAUAUCACGGCAUUAAAAACGAAUCUGAGGACGAUUUAUCACUGCAGGACUUCAGUGUACAAAACUACGUCUGCAAAAAGUGCGAUUUCCAAACAAAUUUUUUGUUAAAGUGGGGUCAGCACACUUCAGAAUGCUGUGGAAAAAAGGAAAAUCUGCUAAGUGUGAGUUCUGUGAAAGAAAAUAUUUUCCAUUUCAAGAAAAUUAACGGAGAACGUUGGUAUUACUGUGCGCAAUGUUCCUAUAAAUCUACGAGAAAAAGCAGUUUAAAAUGUCACAUGGAAUGGCGCCAUUCGAACACGUGGUAUGCAUGCAACAAGUGUCAAUUUAAAAGUAAAUCUGAAACAGGUUUAAAAUACCACGUAAAACGAAGACACAUAGACGAACAAGACGUUGAAUGGCACAAAUGUGACAAGUGUCCAUACAAAACCGCAACAAAAUGCUACUUAAAUAGCCACGUAAAGUUACACUUGAAAGACGAUGAAGCUAGAUGGUACCGAUGCAACGAGUGUUCGUACAAAACUAAGUACAAAGGUUAUGUGAAGAUUCACGUGAAUUUAAAACAUUUACACGAGGAUAAAAUUACGUGGUAUGAGUGUGAACAGUGUCAGUAUAAAACUAGGAAUAAAGCGUAUUUAAAAAUACACGUGAAUAAAAGCCACGUGAAAAAGAAUGCCAAGUGGCAUGUAUGUGAUAAGUGUUCAUUUAAAACCACAGUGAAAAGUGCUUUACAACAACACGUAAAAUUUUUUCACGUCAAUGAAAACGACGCUACGUGGUAUGAAUGCAAUGGGUGUCCGUUUAAAACCAUGGUUAAAGCAUAUUUGGACAAGCAUGUAAAAGCGAAGCAUCUGAAUGAAGAAAAAACUAAGUUGUACGAGUGUAAAAGUUGCCCAUUCACGACUAAAUGGGCGUCGAGUUUAAAUAAGCACGUAAUUCGGAGACAUUUGGAUGAGGGAAAAAGUUCAGUGGCGUGAAUGUGAAGUUUGGUCAUUCAGAAACAAAUGUAUUACAGAUUUAAAGAAAUAUGUUUUUUUGAGAUUCAUGAUUUUGUAAAUAGCAUUUAAUUUAUUUUAAGUUUGGUGUAGAGAA